AUGGAGGAGGCUCCUUUGACUUUGGCGCACUCGCACGCGCGCAAAGCAGCUGUGGAAACGUCAAAGUCACAUCUCGCCGUAGCCGCUACCGAACACCUCGCUGCCGCCGAACAAUAUGCCAAAGCACAACCUUCGACCUCCGAUCCCGAAGCCUUGCGUGUGCUAAAGCUCCUGGAAACACAUCACCGCCAGCUAGCUCAUAUCAUCCGCUCAAAACAUACCAUCGCAAAAGCUGUACAAGACGCACAACACGCCGACUCUCCUGAAUCAGACAGCUCAGUAGCCCUCACCUCGCCUUCCGUCGUGCCUUCGUCUGCUCCUACGCCACUCGCCAGAAUACAUCCAUCACGUCGCGAGUCCUCACCUGCUCUCGCAAAAGAUAUAGCCACACGCAGAGGUAUCCCACAACAGUCUUCUUCGCUCAAUCCUCGCAAAACCCCUUCUUUGGCACCGUCCAACGCCACCUCUACAACCUCUGUCGAUCGCCGUGCCCCUCAUAUCCCUGCCAGCUCAGCCCAAUCAAAGGACCAAGACGAUGGCUUCUCUCGCUUCUACUCCAACUGGACCACUGGGCCUCUCUCCCGCUUAUCGUCCAUGCUUGCUUUCACAGCCCUGCCUUUGACAGACACGCCCGAACCAGAUUCGCCUACCUCCUCACGUCACCAGAAGACAAGCGCCAGAGCCUCGAACGACCCUGACGUCAGGUCUCUCAUAUCGCCUGCUGCCUUGAACGCUCUGCAACAGCAUGGUCAUAUCGGUCCCGGCGAGAGCUUCUACGUUAUACCCACGAGUGGUGGUACGGCUUCAUAUGCGAAUAUUGUCACGCGAGAGCAACGCUACGCUCGUCGCCAGCACCUCUCCAACAUCAGCGAAGACGACCCUGCCGAAUUUGUUGAUGCACAAGAGACGCAACCUGCAAGGCUUCCAAAUCGCGGUCUGAUAUCGGAGCGAGAAGAAGAACUACAACUACAAAACGAUACGCUAAAGCAAGCUCUGGAUCAUGUGAGCCAUCGGUUGCAGGCAUUCGAGUCACAUGCUCAAGAUGCUUCCAUGGCUGCAUUGACACACAGUGUAGCCAGCGUGCGAACAACCCACUCUGCUGCUCCAUCCAACGCAUCUAGACAAUCAGACGAUGAGCUACAGGCUGCUUUGAAAGAGAUCAAGAAACUCGAACACGACAAUGCCAAAUUCAGAGCUUACUACGCCAAGCUGAAAGAUAGUGCCAAAGCAAGGAGAGCCGAGCCUAGGGGCUGA